GUUUCGCAUCCCAUUUCGCAAAACUGCCUACAUCUAGUACUCUUCUGGUAUAUCGUAGGUUGAUCCUACUGAAGCUCAAAGAUCUAACUCAUUGAUCUUCCCACAACACAUUCGCUUACAAUAUACCACCCUUCAUACGCCACGAUGCCUAUCAAGGACGAUUUCGAGCUUCAAACCACAACGUCUCCAUUCGACAAUGCGAUCAUUCCGAUAUCCUCCCGCACCAUCGGCGGCUCCACUCGCGAUGACGACCAACUCCGACGCCUCGGGAAGCGCCCACUUCUCAAUCGCGGCUUUGGCUUCAUGUCAAUAUUAGGGUUCUCUUGUUCGGCGCUGCUCUCCUGGGAGGGUAUCUUGGUCACGUCGAUAUCCGGCUUGUUAAACGGGGGACCGGCUGGCGUCGUAUGGGGAUUUCUCAUCAACUGGAUCGGCACGAUAUCAGUAUAUACGGUGUUAGGAGAGCUUGCGUCCUCCGCUCCUACAGCUGGCGGGCAAUACCAUUGGGUUGCCAUGAUGGCCCCAAAGUCCAGCAGAGUCUUCCUAUCAUACAUGACUGCUUGGAUGACCACUCUGGCCUGGCAGGCCCUAGCUGUCUCCGUCGGGUACAUCAUCGCGACCAUGCUCCAGGGUAUCAUCGUGCUGACCAAUCCCUCAUAUGUGCCCGAAAACUGGCACACGGUUUUGAUCAUCUGGGCCGCCACCUUAUUCGCCGUGAUGGUGAAUUCGACAACGAGCCGUGCGAUAGCCAAAUUCGAAGGCGCCAUUCUCAUCCUUCAUCUCGCGGGCUUUUUCGGGGUUCUAGUCCCCAUGGUCUACUUCGCGCCCCAUAAUGAUCCGAAGAUGGUGUUCACGACCUUCUUCAACACUGGCGGCUGGUCGACUCAGGGCCUGUCGUUCUUCGUCGGGUUCCCGGCCAUCGCUGGCUCUCUCUUAGGCGCAGACUGCGCCGUGCAUAUGUCUGAGGAGAUACAGUCCGCUGCCUUAGUGGUACCCCGUGCUCUGCUGUUUACCAUAUUAAUCAACGGUUCUCUUGCCUUCGCCAUGGCUAUUGCCCUGAUGUUUUGUCUCAGCGACGUAGAUGCAGCGAUGGAAGCUGCCACGACCAUGUUCUACCCAUUUCUCGAGAUUUUCUACUCCUCUGUUGGGUCUAUCACAGGUGCCUGCAUCAUGGCCUGCGUUGUUUUUGUCAUGGCGGUUGCGAGUAGCGUUGGUGUGUACGCCUCUGCUUCCCGUAUGAUGUGGUCAUUUUCACGGGAUAGGGGUCUGCCCUUCGACAGGCAUCUAGUAAAGUUAAAUAAGAGUGCGCUACCUGUAAACGCAAUUCUGACUACGCUGGCGAUUACCGUGCUACUAUCACUUAUCGUCCUUGGCUCUGCCAUCGCAUUGAAUGCUCUACUUUCUCUAGCUAUUGCCGCCCUGUUCUCGUCAUACCUACUCGUAUGUGGUCUGCUACUCUGGCGACGCACCACCGGCGCAUUCCAGCCUUACGACUCAUCGGAAAUCAUGGCCCCCGAUAAUCUGAUUUGGGGCCCUUGGAAGCUGCCAGAGCCACUUGGAGUCUUCAACAACGUUGUCGCUUGCCUUUACAGUAUACUCCUAUUGUUUUGGUCAUUCUGGCCGCAGACGACCCCGACGACGCCCGAGAACGCGAACUGGAGUAUUCUGGUAUGGGGCGCGGUGGUGAUAUUUAGCAUUGUUUGGUACAUGGUGCGAGCAAGGCACUACUUCACAGGUCCCAUUAGGGAAGUCUAGGUACAUUAAAGAAACAGAUAAGCUUCUUCGGAAUGCUCAGAAUAAACCUUUGGCUAUUCAACUCACAUUAUGUACUGACCAUGUUCCCGAACUCAGCUCCAAGUCAUCCUGCAUACCGCAAAGCACAAUUGAGUGUGCAUUUACGACUUAGAGACAGUGAAAUAUCAUAUUGAGCAGGAGCCGGCCA